AUGGCACAUCUCCAGAUUUAUCAGCAACGCCCGCUGCAGUUGGAGCCGGCUCUGUUCCAUCAGCGUGUACUAGACGAGCAGAUAGAGCUGUGGUGGUUCAGACAGCCCCGGCAGUCUCUGCUCUGUUACUGCACCUCAGUGGCUUUGAUCCUGGGGCUGGGCUUUGGAGGAGUAGGGCUUUUGUUCACCACCUCCAGCCUGUCGGGGGAGUGGCGCCUGGCUGUGGGCACUGCACUAUGCCUCCUGUCUCUGGUGGUUCUGCUUAAGCAGCUGCUCAGUUCUGCUAUUCAGGACAUGAACUGUGUGCGCAGCAGGAGACGCAUCGACCAGCUGAGGAGCGGGGGCCGAGCAGACCCUGCUCUGCUCUUGGCUGUGGGCAGCACAGUGUGUUUGUGUGGGACAGUGCUGCUCUGUCUGGGAUCAGUGCACAGGGACAGAGACAGGAGGGACAUGCUGCUGUGUGGAGUGGGGCUGCUGUCUGCAGGGGCUGCUCUCACUCUGGCUGUGGGGCUCUUCUGUAUAUUUAUGCUGUUUAAGAGGAGACAGAGGACACACAGGGCUCACAGAGUCCAGACGCUGAGUGGACAAACUGUCCAAGUAUUCAGUGUCUCCAGCCGAGACAUGUCUUCCAGCAGAACCAGCCUCAUUUAA